AACAGGAAGCGAUGUGGUUGUUAGCUAGUCUAGCUCUCUGGCUACAUUAGCUAUGACCUGUGCAUAUUCGAGUACGUUUUGUCCGAAGAGUAAACCACGACAUUAGUCGUUUGGAGAGUGCAAUAAUCCGUAUCUGUUUCGUCUGCACUGGAACAGGACAUCUAAAAAGAAUUAUGUUCUCCACAGAUGAUGAGGAUGGAGAUUUUUUGUCUCCCACAGGAGGGGCAAAGUUGGCGUCUCUCUUUGGACUUGAUCAGGCAACAAGUCAAGGCAAUGAAUCAUUCCAGUACACGGCCCCAAAGCAACCAAGGAAGAGUUCUAUGAACUCAGGUCCACCUACUCAGAAGCCACCUCCACCAGCUGGAACCCCUGCAGUGCUUUUAGCAACAGCAGUUCAUGCCUACAGAUACGUUAAUGGACAGUACAUGAAGCAAGGCAAACUGGGAGCUGCUGUGCUGGGAAGUCACACUAGUAAAGAGUACAAGCUGCUGCUGUAUGCCAGUCAACAGAAGCCAGUCACGUCAGCCAAGAUUCACACGGGCUUCAUCUUCAUUGUUCAGCCUAGCAAUUACUGCACAUUCUACGAUGACCAGCGGCAGAACUGGUCAGUGAUGUUUGAGUCUGAGAAAGCAGCGCUGGACUUCUGUAAGGAGGUGUGUUUGUCAAAGGUCAACAGUGCGGCUCAGCUGGAUGCUGUGAUCGUGCAGGACCUGACGCUCGGAGAGGGACAGGCAGUGGAGAAUGGCGACUCUCUGGAGGUGGCCUACACGGGCUGGCUACUGCAGAACCACACCACUGGAGCGGUGUUUGACUCCAAUCUCAAUAAAGACAAGCUCCUGCGGCUGAAGCUAGGCGCUGGGAAAGUCAUUAAGGGCUGGGAAGAGGGGAUGGCGGGCAUGAAGAAGGGUGGACGGCGACUUCUUGUGGUUCCCCCCAACCAGGCGUACGGCGCGCAGGGCGUGCCUAACCGCGUGCCAGCGAACAGCACGCUGAUCUUUGAAACAGAGAUCAGAAGGGUGAAGUUUGCCAAGGAUGGAGGCUCUGAGCGGGUCAGUAUCGGCUCUCGGGACUCGGCCGCACCCUCGCCUGCCCCCAGUGUGGAGAGUCUGGGCCCUGAGGUGACCGCACAGCCUCCACCUGCUGCCUCAGCUCCGGCUAAACAAGGAGAUGCACCCCUGCGUGUGAAAUCCAACUCUAUCAGUGAACAGUUAACGAAUCCUGACGUGACCAAAGCCAAGCUCAUCUCCCGCAUGGCUAAGAUGGGUCAGCCCAUGCUGCCCUUCCUGGCCGGUCCAGCGACGUCCCCACACGCAGAUUCCAGCGACUCUGAAAUGGAGGACCCCAGUGUGUCACGUGCGAAGGAGCGUCCUGUGGCUCCCUCUCCUGAGCCUGUGCAGAUCACAGCUGCCCCUCCGACCUCCGUGCAUGUGACCUCACAUCCUCAUGCGAACCCUGCUGCAGCACUGAUGCCGGUCACCAUGGCGACUGCCACCCCACAGCCCAUGAUGCCAGGUUCCCUCCAUGCUUUUCAGCCGUACACUUACACACAGUCUGUGGCUCCCUCUCACUUGCAGCCUGAGAUGUAUGCCGGUCAGACAGUAGCAUACCAGGGACCUAGAGAUGUCACGUCCUUCCUCAUGACCGAGGCUCGUCAGCACAACACCGAGAUCCGACUGGCCGUGGGCAAAGUUGGAGAUAAAGUUGACCAGCUGGCUGCUAAGGUGGAUGACCUCCAGAGGCAGGGUGGACACUCACUGGGGUUCUCCAAUGUCUCCAUGGAAACAUCAAUGAUCAUGCACAACAUUCAGAGAAUAAUACAGGAAAAUGAGUGCUUGAAGAAGGAGGUCUUUGACAAGAGCACACGCAUUGAAGAGCAAAACCGCAAGAUUGGAGAACUCAUCAACCAAAACCAGAGGUACAUGGAACAAAGUAACCUCCUGAUGGAGCAGAGGAAUGACUCUCUGAAGAGCACCAGUGAGCAGAGCCAGGCACGACUUCUUCAAGCAGAGCAAGAUAAGCAUGCAUUUCCACCAGACAUGGGUUUGGAUCAGGCUCAUUUGACGGAGGAGUUGGCGGGCUCCACUGCCCGUGUGUCGGAGCUGCAGCUGGAGGUGAGCUCCCAGCAGCAGAAGGCUGCCGCCCUGCAGGCCAAACUGAACACUGCGCUCCAGGAGCGAGACCAACACGCCAGCCAGCUCACCACCCUGCAGACCCAGCUGGAAGAGGUGAAGGAGACGGGGGAAAGAGUACACACACAGUACAAGGCCGAGAAACAGAAGCGCAAAGAGGUGGAGCUGAAGCUGAGCAGUGUGGAGGAGGAGCUGCAGGACCUGACCACAGAGAAGGACAGCCUGGAGCGAACUCUUUUGGACAGGAAGAGGAAGUGGCAAGCUGAGCGUGAGCGCUGUGACGAGGAGCUGGAGGAGGUGCGCAGGAGCAGCCAGCAGGAGCUGGACAACCUGAGGAGCCAACUGCGCAAGGCCAGGACGAGCACUGACCACGCCGCCCAAGAACAGAUGACCCAGCUGCAGGCUGAGCUGGAACAGGAGUGGCAGGCCAAGUGUGACCAAGCUCUGGCUUCAGCCAAGGAGCAGCAGACUCGAGCGAUUGUAGAGCUCACCGAGCACAGAGACGGCCUGGAGGUCAAACUCACACAACUACAGGAGAAGUUCUCAGUGCUGAAGCAAUCCCGGGAGUCAGAGGAGCAGAGACUCCUCCAGCAGCAGGAUCAGAGUGAGGAGCUGCAGGCUCUCAAAGACAAGUACUCUGCUCUGGAGGGCCGGGCGGUGUCCAUGAGGCAGCAGUAUGAGACUCGCGUGGCGGAGCUGGAAAGGCGUCUGGAGGAGCAGCAGCCGCAGGAGGAGGAGAAGCUGGAGCAGGCAGACACCGCAGUAGAGGUGAAGCGUGUGAUGAAUGGAGUGUUCCACUCACUACGGGGGGAGUUUGACCUCCAUGAGUCCUACAAAGGCAGUGCCAUUCUUGGUGUUCUGGUCAGCACCAUUAAGAAUGUAACCCUACAACUCCUUGCAAAGAGUGAGAAGACUUCUGUAGAACAGAGUCAACAAGAGGAGGAAGAGGAAGAUGAGGAAGAUGAGGAAGAGACUGAAGUGUCACCGACCACACAGAUGAAUGGGAAGAAAGAGGAGGUGGAUGACAAAGAAAAAGAGAUUGAUGAGAAGGACGUGGAGAAGAAUGUGCAGAAAGUGGUGGAGGAGAAGAGUGCACCUCCAGAGAGAGAGGAGGAGAAGAGUGCACCUCCAGAGAGAGAGGAGAAGAGUGCACCUCCAGAAAGAGAGGAGGAGAAGAGUGCACCUCCAGAAAGAGAGGAGGAGAAAGUGCCUGAAGCCAUCAGAGAUGAAGUGGCCACGGACAAGCAUGCAGAACAGCCAGGGAAAGCGGAGGAGGAAGUCGUCCCAGAGAACAAUGAAGUGCCCACUCGCACUGACCAGGAAGCACAGCACACAGAAGUCGUGACCAAUCAGGUGACUGUUAUGGACACUACUGUACAAGCUGUCUGCCAGGCAGACAGCCAGAGUGCCAAAGAGACUGUAGACCCAAGCAAGGCCAAACCCCAAGAGCACUUAGUUUCUGAGGAAGAGGUAAAGCCACACCCUCCUACCGACACCAGCCCUGACAAAGACACAGGGAAGCACAACGAGAACGCGGCCAACCCUCUAGGGGAAGCUGUUGUCACGGACACCAGAUCUGGACCACCCACUCAGCCCCCACCACCACCACCAAACGUCACACACGAAAACACAAAGGCCACCACAUCCAACAGUCUGACUGGGGGAGUAGAGGAGGAAAAUGGAGAGGAGCCAUUUUUCAAGAAGGCCGCCCCCCCGGUCAAACCCCCACCCACCCCGACAGAGGAUGACGAUGAUGAGUUGAGUAUGAAGGGAAGACCUCCCCCUGCCCCACUGUUUGGAGAUGACGACGAUGACGAGGAUGAUUUGGACUGGCUGAGCUGAGCAGUGACCAAAAGCUGCCUUUAAGGAGGCCAGGACAGUUCCAUGGCAGAGCAGCCUGCUGGCAAACGAGAUGAAUUUCCAUCUGAUUGGUUGGAUGGAUGAAGGACUGGGUUGGACUGGAGCUGAACUGCCGCUGCUGAAUGUCACCAUGGAUGUAUACCAGAGCACCAGCCACAGGGGAUGUCCUAUGAUUCUCUAGUACUCAGAUCAGAGGGAAAGCAAACAAUCUGUGGCUUAAAGGUCCUGACGGUUGAACUGAAGGUCAUACAGAAACAGAAGAGACUGUGAUUGACUGGUUUGCUGCUUCUUAAAAAAAAAAAAAAAAAAAUAUCAUGAUCUUUCACUUGGGGUAGCUUGUCUUAAUUCUCAAACAGCUACCACUGUUAAUGUUUCUUUCUUUCACAGGCACUUCAUAAAACGGCUUUUUACUUGGAAGAUCAUGGUUCCUUUAAAAGCUGCAUUAUUUGUGACCGCAAAGCCUUUUGAUAUAACAGACUACAUAUUGUAGGACGAACAAUGACAUUUCACAAGACCUGUAUGAGAAUGAGAAAAAAAAAAAAUGUUUUAAGUAUGAAGCCUAUGAAGUGUGGCUAAGCUGAUUACUGGCCUCGCUUUUAUUUGAAAGCCCAGAUGUUCAUUUAAUGUGUUGAUUCAUGCAUCGUUUCCUUACUUUUUGUAAAGAGGAUUCUUGAGAUUCAACAAAUAUUUUCAGCAUUGUGCUAUCUGUGCUAGCUGGCAAAUGGUAGAAUUUUACAUCCUGUUUCUUUUUUGCUAACAGUAAUUAAUGUUGAUUAAUAAAUAGAGUACUACCUUUCAGAA